UUUCAGGAGAUUUGCACAAGGAGACUUGGAUCGGGUUUUGAGAUUACUUGCCUAUCAUGCCAUCCAACUUCUUCUGAAGGCAACGUACAGAUUGCAGUUGGAACAAGAGACAAGAUGGUUCAAGUUCUCAUACUCAAUAUGUGCUCCCAGCUCCAGUCUGUCUUCACAGUGCAGCUUGAAAAUACAGUAUCCAAGUCUGUAGCAUUCAUGGAUAACAAAGCCAUUUAUGUAUUUGGGUUGUAUGAUGGCAAAUUGUUACUGCUACUGCUCUUGACAUGCAUGUUACUGACAUUACCCAGUGGCCACGCAGCAGUGUACCAAAAGUGUGGGGUUUUUGUUGUGGACAACGCAACAGAUGGCUUUACGUUGUAUCGCCUAGAAGGCAAGGGGGAGCCUGUUCGAACAUUUGUGACUGCCUUGCCAAGCUUGUCAGUCCCAAAGCAAGUGGCAUUUGGAGAAGAAGGCAAGGUAGUUGUAGGAGGAAGUGAUAACGGACUGGCAUAUAUAUUCGAUAGGAAGACGGGGCAGGUACUCGAAACCCUCCAUCACACAGAUGCUGGCCUGGUACAAACAAUA